AUGCUUUUCAAGCUCCUGUCACUAUUGCUCUUCGCUUUGGCCCUCUUGCAUUCAGUCGGUGCUGAGGACACGGUCAGCAGCGGCAACUAUCUCAUCCAUCUGUGCAACUCCGGACAGCCUGACUCCGAAGCAUCCAAGCUGCAAGACCUUCUGCCACAGGUGUACAAUGGAUUACAAAAAGUGAUUGCAGACCUCCAGCUGGGCACCGCUUCCACGCAUGGUUACAGCGCGUUUUUCAAGGACGACUCGAGCAAAGCAAAAAUACUGCGAGUUUAUCAGAGAAUGGCCGUUGGUGCUAGUGUCGCGUUGGGCGGCCAAGGCCGCAAUAUCAAUCCCAUCACUAUACGACACCCAACCUUUGUAUGCGCCAACAACGUCCCAGAAACCGACCUCCUCUACCAACAAUGCAUGCAUGCGCCAAACAGCCCACUUAUGAGUUGGAUGCGGACUGAGUUGAUGCCUCUCUGUCCGUUGUUUUGGACAAUCAAGAAACAAGCAAGGCUAUCUGAUUGUCCGCUAGUGGUAGCGAAUACUUUAACCCCGAACGAUGAUCGGUUACUCAAAAACCAGGAGGCUCUUCUUGUUGGCAAUCUGGUGCAUCUUUAUCAUCGAGUUUCUGGCGAUAUGGUUGUCACUAUUACGGACGCUUCUGCGCUGAAUGUUUCGGAGUCCCUGAAGCAUCCGCCAAAUUACGCCCUCUACUAUGCAUCCGUGCAGGCUGGCUGCACCAACUUUCCCAAUAUGCAAAACCCACAUGACGAGUUGCGCCACCUACUAGAAAUAUGCGCCAACUGUAGCGAAUCCAAUACUACACUACCAAUCUAUUCCGAAAUACCCCCGUCCGUACCAGUACCGCCUGAUCUCAACACCUUGCAGGGUUUCUGCAAUGAUGCAGUGUAUGCACCAAACGCGACUGUCUGUUGUGAUGAGAGCACAGGCCUAUGGAUGCCAGCGCCAGUGAUAAGAGAUGGGCCGGCAGCAAGCUCGGUGAGCGCGAGUUGUCCGCAAAAUACGGGAGGAACAGGAGGGGCGGACGGAGGGAGUGGAGUGAUCAACACAAGGAGAAGGAGGAUGAUCAACUCAGUAGAGGCACGACUGUAA